CGUAGCGGGAGUGAGGUGAGGGUGACGUCACGGGGCUGCGCCAUAGCUAGCUGUGUGUGUGACUUGCCAAAUGGAGACUGGAGGGUUCUUCACCAACGACGGGACUACGGGGAACAUUUCAGCUUCCCUCCCGGAGGAACAACAGCGACCUUAAAGGGCCGUGUCCUCUUCCGAGUGGAAACUGAGUCAUCCUUUCACGUUGGCAGCAUGUGAGUGAAGGAACUUCUCUGUCCUUGCUUCCUUCCUUUCCUUGCUUCCUUCCUUCAGUCUGCAGUGAAGCCUCAGGAAUGAUCAUGAGCCACGAAGACGAGUUUGUGGCGGUGAGGGUUCAGGAUCCUCGCGUGCAGAACGAAGGCUCGUGGAACUCGUACGUGGACUAUAAAAUAUUCCUCCAUACCAACAGCAAGGCGUUCACCGCCAAGACGUCGUGUGUGCGGCGGCGGUACAGCGAGUUCGUGUGGCUGAAGAAGAAGCUGCAGAAGAACGCCGGCUUGGUACCCGUCCCAGACCUCCCCGGGAAGUCGUUCUUCUCCUUCAGCAACGAGGACUUCCUGGAGAGACGGCGCCACGGCCUUCAGGUCUUCUUGGACAAGGUGGUGAACAUGACGGUGUGUCUGUCGGACAGCCAGCUGCACCUCUUCCUGCAGACUCAGCUGCCGGUGGGUCACAUCCUGGACUGCGUGCAAGGCCACACCCCCUACACGGUGACGGACGCCAUCCUCACCUACGCCUCGUCCAAUCGGGGCUGGGCUCAGGCUCAGGAGGAGGACGGCGUCAAGGAGCCUGGUCUGAGCGUGUCGUACGAGUCCAUGGAGAGUCCCGCUCCUCAUCAGCCCCACCCACACAAGGACGCCUCGCGCCAGGAAGUCGACCCUCUGGCGGACAUAUUGGAGCCUCGCCAUGCGACCGGCAGGAAGUGUAGGAAGGCGAUCCUUCCUAAUGGCCGGCAAGAUGAUGUUGAUGAAGAUGGUGAGCCGGCAGAAGCGACCUUCUACCUUGGGGGCGGUCUUGACAUCCACACGACCGAGGACACGCCGCUGAGGAGCGGUCCCAUGGAGACUCCCGUGGAGGUGCACUCGCCUGCAGAGGAUGGCGCCAUCUUGGAGGAGGAGCCUACAGCCAGUGAGGGACGGAUGGAGCGGCAAUCAUCUGAGGAGGUUCACAGUACAGCUCCUCGGGACUCGGAGGAGGAACGAGUGGACGUCGUUUCUGCUUGUGACAACGUGAAAUUGUACGACCCGGCGAAGGAGGAACGCCAUGAAGACGAGCACAGACAGGAAGUGCGAAGCGAGGAGGAGGACAGCAGUUUGCUGUCGUCCUCCAACGAGAGCAUCGUCAAGGUCAGCGAUGAGGAAGACAUCAGCGACGAGGAACACGUCGAUGACGACGCCACCGCCGAUCUGAUCCCGCCGCCAAACGGCUUUGUGAAGAUGUGCUCCCCCGAGGACCCCCACCCCUGGUCCCCGGUGUCUGGCGGCACCACGUUGGAACUUCACGUGAACGGAUGCGCCGACGAAGACGAGCUGAGGGACUCGAGCGAGAACAACGACUUCAAGGUGCUGGAGAGCAGCGAUGUUCCCGAAUUAGGCAGCAGGAGACACUCGGGGCAGGAAAUGGCGUCCUCGCUGCCGGCCCACGCCGCGGACGAGACUGCUGAGGACAUUUAGUUUGUCAGAGAUGUUUUUAUUUAAAAAAAAAACACAUUUCAAACCUUCACUCAUUUUAAUGCUUUUAGCAAGCUCAUCAGUUCUGAAUGGCAGUUCUCUUUGGCAACAGCAGAGGGCGCCAAAGCUCCCAACACAAACCUCACAUGCUGGCGUUUUAACUGUGAUAUUCAUAUUCAAAUGCUAAAUAUUUCAGCAGGGAGACAAGAACGCUGACAACAUUCAACUUUUUGUGCAAUGAGACGACGCACCAACUCAGCUGACCUCUCAAAACGUUGUUUCUUUCGUUUCUGUCAUGUUCAAAAAGGGAGCCAUGUUAAUUCUCAUGUCCCGCAUAAGAAAUGCGUCACUUUUAUUCCGUUUGCUAACAUGCCCUUUUUCUUUUAGCUGUCCAUCACCAUUGCUGACGGGUUUCACCAAAUUGAGAGUUGUUGAAGUUUGAAAAACUUUUCCAAGCAUUUAUUUUUGAAACGUGAACUUUGGAAAAGUGAACAAUAAAAGUCUGGCUUCAAGGUGAACAUGAA